CUAUUUCAAAUGGGGUUGAUCAACGUACACGGCCUGAUGCUGCUAAGAAAUGAAGAGACAUGUCACCCCAUCAUGGAGAAGUUAUUAUACCACAAAAUCUCAACAACGAACCGACUGAAUGUCGAACAGAUACCAAGGCAACAUCACAUCAUCCGCAAGACAACGGUGCAAUCAUCCAUACGUUAAUCAAUGCAUUUUGGAAAACAAAAGUGGAUAGAUUUGAUCAAACGGUGAAACAUAUAUUUCUCGAAAACAAUAAAAGUAUUAAUGCUCUCAGGAAUACUUCAAUAAAAGACCUUUUAUCGCACAUACAGUUUACCCCUAAUAAGAGACAACCACAAGGAUAUGAAUUCUUUCUUCAUCCAGCAAUAAACUCGGUUCUUAAGGAAGAGAGUAGCGAAGCAACGAAGAGCUUGUUGGACAGUAUCUCUGACCACCACAUUAUAUUCACUAAUGAAGGGAAGUGUGCAAGUGAAUCGUGUACACAUAUCUUGGAUCAAAUAUCAGAUACUCCUAAGGUCAAAAAUCUAUACCACGAUGCAUUGAAAACAGUGGGUUAUGGGCGACCAGGUGCACACCAUAAAGAUUUUGAGGAACACAAUUGUCCGUUCGAUCCAAGAUUGUAUUUUGGUAAGGUACUGUUACCAUCGUUACAUCUACCUAGCCUACACCAUGUCCCGAAAGAAUCGGUCGAGCAGAACUUAUUUCUCAAUGUGGACGAUAUAAGCAAUCUUCUGGAGCAACACACAAUGAAAUACAGGAUGUUUCUGAAGUCCUUAGAUAGUGAGCCAUCCGUUACCAUUCCCGAUGAUGCAGAUACUUCGUUCACAUCAAACAAUGAAUCAGAUGCUAUGGAAGUUCAAUUUUCAAAUAUACUCAGGCUGCUGAGAGAAGAUAGCAAGUCAGAUAAGGCCUUCAACAUUCUUCUAAGCGAGGACGUAAGAACAAUAUGGAGGCAACAUCGCGCAAAAUCUUUACCUCCUAUUGGUAGACCUAAUGGCAAAUGCAUGUGGUCAGGAAAUGACUCUAUAGAUUUGGAUUUCAGCUUUGGUAAUCCAAACAAAAUCUCUCCAAAACAAGAGGUAUUUGAAUUUGAUAGAAUACUAAAAGCAAAAGAAAUAUUAGAUAGUCCUCCAUGUUUGGAGACUAAACAUUCCUUUGUCACAAAUGAUUCGUGUACACUUUCACUGACCAACCAUGACUCCAAUCUAAGUGAUAAAACCAUUAACAUUGGUACUGAUAAAGAUGAAACGAUGAACGACGAAGAAGUCAGUAGUAGCCCAAUUGCUGAACGCAUCGACGUUGUUACAAACGAUUCUCCAGUUCAAACUACACAGAACGAUCCCGGCGGUUAUGGUUAUUCGGUCUCUUGGAGUACAGACGAUUGCAGUGAUGACAUGAUACAUGACGAUGAUGGGGCCGCCAUACCAACCAUUAUGAACCAAGGACGAAACAUGCUUGGUGACACUGCCGAAUGGCCCCUACUCAAUCAGAAUGAAUGGUCCGAAGACAGCCCAAUAUGGCCAGAAACCUCCCCUCAGCAACAACGUGAUGAAUGUAAUUAUGCAGUGCAACAGGCCUCAAACGUUGAAGAUACUGAAUGUACGAGGACUUGCAUAUUACCCGGAAUGUCACGAGAAGCCCCCGAUGGAGCUCCUAGCGAGCACAAAAUAGCCAAGCAGUCUGCGAGCUACACGUCUAUAUCCGACCCGGACAUUUACCAAUCGUGCGUUCAAGAAUCAAAUUCAAAAGUCAGAGGUUAUAAGGCAACCAGAAUGCGGAUGAAGGAACAGCUCCACAAACAUAUAACAAAAGACCGAGCCAACCAUAUGGCACCCAAUAAGGUGAACGACUGGAAAGUCUGCGAAGCCAAAGAUGAAACGGUAAAUCCAAAUGCUACGGAGUUUCGAGCCCCAAACAUUCUUAAUAUUCGUGUACCGGUUAAAAUAUCACAAGCCCCAAAUCCUCAAGCUCAAAACUCACAAAGUCACUUCUCACAGAUUUCCAAUCCACAGAGUCAACGUUUCCAAGGACACUUUUCCCACGCAUCAAAUUCACAUGGUCAGAGUUCCCAAGGUCAAUACUCUCAUGUUCCUAGUUCUCGUAGUCAUAUUACACAAGGUAAUAUCUCCCAGUUUCCAAAUGCAAAAUAUGACGUUUUACCACCUAUUGACAGUACAAGUCAUUUGCCAAACGAUUGUGGUGUAAGCAGAGUUGGUUUGGCGCAUGGUGUCUCAAUGACCGAUGGACGAAAUGAUCAAGUCAGGGUACAGCCAAACCGUUGGGGCCUUUGGGAAAACAUACCAAAUGCAGAUUCUACAAAGCAGAUAGUCAACACAAGCAACGUUGCAACAGUUAACCAACAACAUCGGUUUCUGACACCAGUAUAUAACAUGAACAAACCAAGGCAGUUACAAAUGCCAAAUAACAGACAGCCUCAUCAGCAAAUGGAGGUGAACCCUUAUAUAAUACCAGCUCCGCCACCCAUACUCUCACAGCCACCACCGAUGAUGAUUCAACAGAGAGAACUGCAGCAGAUAGCCAUGUUGGAUGUUGCCCCACCAUCACUACCGAAUCUACAACACAUACAGAACCCAUAUCUUCUGCCUCCCCAACAUAAUCCUACUAUGGCAUGUUGUCCUCGCCUCAAUAUGCCACCACCGCCACCAAACUGCCCUCCACCCACACAGUGGAACACACAACUGUCAAAUAACUUGACCACCAUCCGCUCAAAGGUACCCAGCUAUUCGAGUCAGAUGCAACAUAUGAAUGUGAUACAGCAGCAACAGCAGCCAUUGCCGCCACCACCACCAUUCCCACUGGUGACCAGCUGGGCUCAGCCGCCAUUGUGGCCCUCUGCACGUGUUAACCAGGACAACCUAAUCAACAUUCCAACUAACAAACAUACCAUCGAUAAGACAGUGCAAUCUGGAGCUGCUGACGAGAUUGCUCCAACAAAUAGUACAUGUAAGGCUGUUAGGUCAGAGUUUACAAGCACAGCUACAUGUUCCUCUAUCAAAGAAGAUAAACCAAAACUUGAUGUUAACUCUCCUGAAUUUGUCCCAGAACGUAUGAAAACUAGAGAGGAGCUGCGUGCAAGUGCCAAACUUCCUGAAAUUACACUUCAUAAUUCAAAGAAUAUUCAAUGUGUCAUUAAUGAAGCAAACAAGCUUCUUCGCCAGAUAUAUAAAGGUGAUAGUGACAACCUAGACAAUAAACUAGAAGACAGUGAAACACCCUACCAGAAACUAGUCCGAGAGGUGUUAGGGAAUACCAAAAAGAGUGAGGACAUUGGUAAGGUGAAAUGUUCACCCUCAAAAGUUAAGAAUGAAAGUGACAUUAUAAAUCUUAAGGCAGAUGACAGCAAGCCUGGAGAUACUACAAGCAUAAAUGCCCCUAGCACUCGUGAAUUGAGCAAUGGUAACAUAAAUACAUUCCAAGAAGUAAAAACUAAACGGGCAUUUCUAAAACAUAUUAAAACACUAAAAAAGUGAAUGAAUAGUUAAGGACUAGUUGGAGAACAUUGUACUAAGAACACACAUGUUCAAACAUGAAUCCAAAUUGAAAUGAUGUAACAUAUAACAGACUGAAUUCCUAGAGAGGGUCACAGAAGCAAACAGCAACCACAGCAGCAAACCUAUGGACAGUGAUAACAAAAACAUGAAAAAUACACAUAUUUUCUUUUCAUGAUAACAAAAACCUUUAUUUUUAAAUGUACAUAAAGAAUAUAACAGCAGUAUAUUUUCAAGUGAUUUUUGCCAAGUUGUACAUAUUUUGUUGUACAUUUAAAUGCUGAUAUUGUUUAUCAGCAUGACACGAACUGCAAAAGGCAUAAGCCUACUUUAUGAAUUUAUGUUAAUAGAUACAAACUGACAACUAGUAUUCAAACUAGAAUGUCUAGUCAUGUAAAUAUUUUAAUGAUAUUGUGUUUAUAAUACAGUGUAUUUGAUUUUCAUGAUUGAAACAGAACUUUGUACAUAUCAUGGUGCAUGUACAUGUUAUUCAUUUUGCACAUACUUACUUUGUCCAGUAUUGAUACUGUCCCCCCCCCCUCCUUCCUUCUUGCUAAAUUGGAGAAACAAUUGAUGGAAGGGAGAGGGGUUACCAGUCUAAAUACUAUACUCAUUAUUGUAAUCAUUAUUUUGUUUAUCUAAUGGCUUUGUAUAUAUCGCUAGCUGACUAUGGCACUUUU